GUUUGUCCCUUUCACCACCCACCUUUAUGCCAGUGUAGUGUAGGUCACCAAUUCACACAUACUACUAGUCUACUAAGACUACUAUACUACUCGGUAAUUAUACACGCACACACGCGAGUGUAUCAAUUAGUACGGAGGCAUGAGUGGCAGCGAAGCGGAAGGGAGCUCGGGGCACUCGGCCGGUGGCGGCGAUUCGUUGCCGGGGAAGGAGAAGAAGAAGGAGAAGGCAAGGGUGAGCAAGACGUCGCUGAUACUCUGGCACGCCCACCAGAACGACGCCGUGGCGGUGCGGAAGCUCCUGGAGGAGGAUCCGUCGCUUGUCCACGCCAGGGACUACGACAACCGGACCCCGCUCCACGUGGCCUCGCUCCACGGCUGGAUCGAUGUCGCCAAGUGUUUGAUCCAGCACGGAGCUGAUGUCAACGCCCAAGAUCGCUGGAAGAACACGCCUCUAGCUGACGCGGAAGGAGCUAAAAAGCAUGCCAUGAUUGAGUUGUUAAAGUCAUAUGGUGGUCUGUCCUAUGGCCAAAAUGGCAGCCAUUUUGAACCGAAGCCUGUUCCACCUCCUCUACCCAAUAAGUGUGAUUGGGAGAUUGAUCCUUCUGAGCUGGACUUCUCAACUUCGAAUAUUAUCGGAAAGGGAUCCUUUGGUGAGAUUUUAAAAGCAUGCUGGCGUGGAACACCUGUGGCUGUCAAGCGCAUUCUACCAAAUCUUUCAGAUGAUAGAUUGGUGAUUCAGGACUUCAGGCAUGAGGUGAAUUUGCUUGUGAAGCUUCGCCACCCAAAUAUAGUCCAAUUCCUAGGAGCUGUAACAGAAAGGAAGCCCCUAAUGUUAAUUACUGAGUACUUGCGCGGGGGUGACCUUCACCAGUGUCUGAAGGAAAAGGGUGCUCUUAGUCCAUCAACUGCGAUCAACUUUGCUUUAGACAUUGCCAGAGGCAUGGCUUAUCUUCACAAUGAGCCAAAUGUUGUAAUACACAGAGACCUAAAGCCAAGGAAUGUCCUUUUAGUCAACUCCAGCGCAGACCAUUUAAAAGUUGGGGACUUUGGUCUAAGCAAGCUCAUCAGGGUUCAAAAUUCUCAUGAUGUUUACAAAAUGACAGGAGAGACUGGAAGCUAUCGGUAUAUGGCUCCUGAAGUUUUCAAGCACCGGAAGUAUGAUAAGAAGGUUGAUGUUUUCUCUUUCGCAAUGAUACUAUAUGAGAUGCUUGAAGGUGAUCCACCGAUGUCUCACUAUGAACCUUAUGAAGCAGCCAAAUAUGUGGCAGAAGGACACAGGCCUAUAUUCAGAGCCAAGGGUUACACUCCUCAAUUGAAAGAGUUAACGGAAGAGUGCUGGGCUGCAGACAUGAACCUGAGACCCUCUUUCUUGGAAAUUCUCAAGAGGCUUGAGAAAAUUAAAGAAUCUAUAUCAUCAGACCACCAUUGGCACAUCUUUACCACAUGACAGAGUAAAGCCAAACAUGGCCCAAGACUGGUAUGAAAGUUUGAGAUUCCAAUCUCCCCAUUUCUGAUUGGCCAGGUGGGGUUGUGAAUAGAUUCAACUGGGUGGGUACGCAAGAGUGUAGCCGCCACGCUUGUAUUUUUGGCUUAUUCUUACUAUACAGGCCCGUCCUAAUCUAUAGUCGAUUGGGAUUUACUGUAAUAUUUCCGAUGCCUUGUCAAGGGCUGUAGUCCGAAUUACAAUUAACUAGAUUUCCUCAUUUUUCUUGUAAGUGGUAAUGAUUCGGAGUGAUUGCUUAUGAACUUGAUAAGCAAUGUUUUGACUGUUCCCUAUUUUGUUGUUUCUCUGCAAUUUUCUCUGCAGUAUAGAUAGCGAGAACAUCAUUUAAGGGCCUUUGAUUGUCUUUUUUUUUUGUUCUACCUCUUAUAAAAGCUGAAACUGGUGGUUCCAUAAUAUACUAAAUUCUGAGGGAUUUCAGGAUUU